UUAGUCUUCAUUUACGUAGGAUAAAAUGCAGCUCUGAUUGCGUCACAUCUGAAACGGGCGGCAAUUGUCGCUUUCGGUCUCCUGUGCGUUCUGAACUACUUUAUAAGUGUUAACAAUACAAUGGAAGCUUCUUAUCUGUCGUCUGAGCACCCUGCCGCACUCUCACGUUCUUUCUUGUUUCGAUUAAUGGAAUCUUCAACAAAUAAAUAAGGAAGGAGUAUACGAGUCAAGGUUGUGUCCAGAUGAAUUAGUUUCGUUCAGUGGCAUCGGUGGAAAAGAAAACGAAAAAGAAAAAAGGGUUCUGUGCUCGUUCGGCUGAUAGCGGCGCGCUUUCUGUUUGGUUUUCUUCCAAUUGCGAUGGGAAGGCGCAUCUGUUCCCCGUUGUUGAUAUUUUUCGUUCUUCGCGUGGUGUUCUUUUUCAAAUGUUUUUUGUAGCGGAGAGAAAAAAAGCUAACUGAUAUCCAAUGGAAACUGAUAUGCCUAAUCUAAUCCCAUUUGUGUGGGAAUCAAUAUGGAAUCUUUCUGGAACCACGGAAGAAAAGAGAGAAGACGCUGUUCUUAAAUUUGGACCUAUGUGCCUUAAAAUUCCUACGAUACACGUGCUUCUUGUGUUCGGCAAGGAUGACGCCCAAAGUGAUGCCCUCAAGUGGGCUGCUGAAAAACUAUCAUGUGAAUGCACGUUGGUAUAUACCGUGGAAGCAGCUAUUGAAGCAUACCAAAAUAUCCAUCCUCAUCUUGUAUUUAUUGAUUCUAGACAAUCCAAAUCAUUUAAUGCAGCAUCAUUAUGCAGGUCACUCCAUAACAUUCAAGGCAGUCAGUACAGUUGUAUGGUAGCAAUUGUCAGAAAAAGUGCCAUCGACAAAGAAGAAGGAUCAGUUGCAUCAUAUCUACAAAAUGGUUUUUCUAGGUGCUUUGUGGAAAGUCAUAGUCUAGGAACAUGUUUAAAUGAACUCAUACAGAUUCAUCACACUGAUAUUUCAUAUCUUUUGAAACUCAGAGCUUCACAGGCUCUUUUUUCUGCUUUAGAUAUAUGUCGAGAUGGUAUUUUAGUGACUGGGCUUGAUCAUAACAUCCAGUAUGCUAACAAGGCCUCUGAAAAGCAUUUGGGUUAUGACUUUAAGGACUUGGCUGGUAAAAAUGCUCAAACACUGUGUAGAGCUGAGUCUUUCAAGGCUGACAUUAUUGAAAGCAUAAAUAUGCAGGUAAAGAAAGGAAAAGAAUGGGAAGGAACUUUAUUCCACAAACGAAAAUCAGGAGAAAAUUUACCUCUUUGGAGUCGAAUUCUUCCGGUUGAAACGUAUACUGGAUGUGCAGAGCAUCUAAUUCACGUGAAUGAAUCACCAUUUAGUGAAAAAAGAUAUUCUUCUGAAAACACAGACAUUCUUCCAUUAGUCAAGAGUCCAAGAAAAGGGUCUAUAGAAGUUCGAUCUCUUAGUGGUGAAACUGGUCUAAAUCGCAGGCAAUCAUUUGCAAAAUUUCAUGCGAUGACUUUGGAGCCUCCUAUUACAAAAGUUAUAAAUAUGAUUUUAGCAACGCAAGAACACAGCCCUCUUUUUGUAGUACAAGCACUUGAUCGUGUAUUAGAUAUUUUGAGAAGCACUGACAUCUAUUCUCCGCAGUUCACUGUGCUACGUCAGAACCAUGCUGAAGACCAGGUGGCAUCCGAUUUAUUCAGUGGAUUGAUUUCGAACAAUAAACAAGUGAUAAGGAGGUUUUCUCACGAAGCAUUUAGAGGUGUCCCUAGUCAUGGAAUGCAGCCACCAACUCCUUCAAAUUUACCUUCACUAGAAUCUGCCCCACCGAAAAUUAAGGAAAUAUUAGAAAAUGUUAAUGAAUGGUAUUUUGAUAUUUUCCAGCUAGAAAAAGUGACAGAGAAAAGGCCACUUAUAUGGACUGGAAUGGCCAUUUUCAAUAAAUUCAAUGCUUAUAGUCUCCUGAACUGUGAUGAAAAUAUUUUUCGAAAUUGGUUGUCAUUGAUAGAGUCCAACUAUCAUCCAAAUCCAUAUCAUAAUUCUACACAUGCUGCAGAUGUCCUGCAGGCAACUGCCUAUUUUCUACAAAAGCCUAGACUAAAAGCCAUAUUUGAACCAAUGGAUGAGAUAAUAUCUCUCAUUGCUGCAGCUGUUCAUGAUGUUGAUCAUCCAGGAAGAAAUAGUGCUUUCUUAUGCAAUACAGGAAAUGAACUUGCCAUUUUAUAUAAUGAUCUGUCUGUUCUUGAAAGCCAUCACUCAGCAUUAGCUUUCAAGUUAACCGUAUCCAAUGAAAAAGUCAACAUUUUGCAAAAUCUCAACAAAGAAACGUAUAAAGAAGUAAGAAGAUCUAUUAUUGACAUGGUGCUGGCAACAGAAAUGACCAAGCAUUUUGAGCAUUUGUCCAAAUUCGUAAAUGUUUUCACAAAAUCUGUUGAAGCUGAAGAUGAAAUGGAAUCAUCAGCACAACCAUCAUCACCUGAUCUUUCUGCCAUGUCUACUCCUGAAAAUAUUGUCCUAGUGAAAAGAAUUCUUAUCAAAUGUGCUGAUGUUUCUAAUCCUGCUCGGCCAUUGAAUGCAUGUAAAGAAUGGGCGUACAGAAUUGCAGAAGAAUACAUAGCUCAAACUGAUGAAGAAAAGAGCAAAGGACUUCCUAUAGUGAUGCCAGCAUUUGAUCGUGCCAAAUGUAGUAUACCAAAAUCUCAGAUGGGCUUUAUAGAUUAUUUUGUUAAUGAUAUGUUUGAUGCUUGGGAUGCAUUUUGUGAUCUCCCAGAGUCAAUAGAACAUAUUAAAGUAAAUUAUGAGUACUGGAAGCAGCAGGAAACUCAGAAGCAAAAAGAAACUGAUGUUACGCAAAAGAAAAAAGAUGGUUGAACAAUUUAACCAGACUUUGAAUUUGAAUUUACGUUCAAUGCUUAUAGCUCCACAUGUGUGAAGCAGGAAAACAAAUGUUGAUGCAUUCUGCAAUUUUAACGUUAUUUACUCUGUGAGAAAUAUUUCAUGUUGAAAUAUGUGU